ACCGCCCCAACAUACCACCAACACAAAACACCACCGCCCCAACACACCACAACACAAGGACACCACCGCCCCAACGCACCACCAACACAAAUCACCACCAACCCAACAUACCACCAACACAAGACACCACCGCCCCAACACACCACCAACCCAAGAGACCACCAACCCAACAUACCACCAACACAAGACACCACCGCCCCAACACACCACCAACAUAAGACACCACCGCCCCAACAUACCACCACCCCAACACACCACCAACACACCACCAACACACCCAGGCUCAGAGCCACGCCACCUGUCUUCAGUCUGCCCACGACCACGGGGCUGCGUACACGUGUAGUUUUACUCUGCAUUUUCUUUGUACCCAUGUGAACACUGGUGCUGCUGCACAGUGAUAAACCAAAUGAACUAUGGUAGACAACAGUGACGGAGCAGAGGCAGUGUACAGGGAAAGAACAGUGUUUUUGACAGUUUGACCCUCGCAACUACCUGAAUCUACAACUGUCCAUUGUUACUAUAACACUACUACAACGAAAACUACAACUACUGCUACUACUACUACCAUCACCCUGGCAUCAGCACUACAUCUUGCACUGGUCUCAACGUAUUGAUUGAUCAACCACUGACUCCACCCGCGGUAAGUAACAUUAGUAACAUGAAUGACAUAUGAAAAAGAUAAUAAAAAGGUGUACAAUCAUACCACCUUGAAGGUCCUCUGUUGAAUGAAUGUUGGUGAAUGUUAGUUUUUUAGUCACCCUGGUGGGAGACGGCUGGUGUGGUAAAAGAAAGUCAAAUUUACACAAAUAACCCGCACGUAGGAGAGAGAAACUUAUAACAGCGUUUCGAUCCGACUUGGACCAUUUACAAGUCCCAUUAACUCAAGAGUGAGGGAGCAUAGGGGACAGGGACGGGAUAAAUUCAGAUAACUAAUGAAUCAUGGAAUGUGCGAUGCUGGAAGCCAUGGCAGGUGAGUCUUACAGCUCUCACAGGCCAUGAGUUAGACCCCCACUCGUGCUGUAAUUUGUUUACAAUCUUGUUAGGAUUUCCCGAGUCAUUUACGUGGUGGGAAAGUGUACGCAUUAGAUUGAGCCCCUGAGGUGGUGGUGGAGUGAGGUUCACUCCCCGGCAGGCAGUACUCAGUAGAUGUUGAAUCAUUUGAGGCCUCAGUUGAGGAUGAUCCUGACACAGUACACACCAAGGGUAACGAACAGCAGCACGCAUCACUCCGGCACCCACACUACCACACGAUCACUCUGGCACACACACUACCACACGAUCACUCUGGCACCCACACUACCACACGAUCACUCUGGCACCCACACUACCACACGAUCACUCUGGCACCCACACUACCACACGAUCACUCUGGCACACACACUACCACACGAUCACUCUGGCACCCACACUACCACACGAUCACUCUGGCACCCACACUACCACACGAUCACUCUGGUACCCACACUACCACACGAUCACUCUGGAACCCACACUACCACACGAUCACUCUGGCACCCACACUACCACACGAUCACUCUGGCACCCACACUACCACAAGAUCACUCUGGCACCCACACUACCACACGAUCACUCUGGCACCCACACUACCACACGAUCACUCUGGCACCCACACUACCUCACGAUCACUCUGGCACUAAAAAUAACACACGAUCACUCUGGCACCCACACUACCACACGAUCACUCUGGCACCCACACUACCACACGAUCACUCUGGCACCCACACUACCGCACGAUCACUCUGGCACCCACACUACCGCACGAUCACUCUGGCACCCACACUACCGCACGAUCUCUCCAGCACCCACACUACCGCACGAUCACUCCAGCACCCACACAAUCACUUCAACACCCACACUACCACACAAGCACUUCAGCACCCACAAUACGACAUGAUCAUUCCAGCACCCACACUACCACACGAUUACUCCAGCACCCACACUACCACACGAUUACUCCAGCACCCACACUACCACAUUCACUCCAGCACCCACACUACCACACGAUCACUUCAGCACCCACAAUACCACAUUCACUCCAGCACCCACACUACCACAUUCACUCCAGCAUCCACACUACCACAUUCACUCCAGCACCCACACUACCACACGAUCACUUCAGCACCCACACUACCACAUGUAAUUACUCCAGCCCCCAUACUACCACACGAUCACUCCAGCACCCACAUUACCACAUUCACUCCAGCACCCACACUACCACAAUCACUCCAGCACCCACACUACCACAUGAUCACUUCAGCACCCACACUACCACAAUCACUGGACAGGCUGCAGACCUGGUCCAGCAAUUGGCUCAAGGAGUUCAAUACCACCAAGUGCAAAGUCAUGAAGAUUGGGCAAGGGCAAAGAAGACCGCAGACGGAGUACAGUCUAGGGGGCCAGAGACUACAAACCUCACUCAAGGAAAAAGAUCUUGGGGUGAGUAUAACACCAGGCACAUCUGAAGCGCACAUCAACCAAAUAACUGCUGCAGCAUAUGGGCGCCUAGCAAACCUCAGAACAGCAUUCCGACAUCUUAAUAAGGAAUCGUUCAGGACCCUGUACACCGUGUACGUUAGGCCCAUAUUGGAGUAUACGGCACCAGUUUGGAACCCACACCUAGCCAAGCACGUAAAGAGACUAGACAAAGUGCAAAGGUUUGCAACAAGACUAGUCCCAGAGCUAAGGGGUAUGUCCUACGAGGAGGUUAAGGGAAAUCGACCUGACGACACUGAAGGACAGGAGAGAUAGGGGGGACAUGAUAACGACAUACAAAAUACUGCGAGGAAUUGACAAGGUGGACAAAGACAGGAUGUUCCAGAGAUGGGACACAGCAACAAGGGGACGCAGUUGGAAGUUGAAGACACAGAUGAAUCACAGGGAUGUUAGGAAGUAUUUCUUCAGCCACAGAGUAGUCAGGAAGUGGAAUAGUUUGGGAAGCGAUGUAGUGGAGGCAAGAUCCAUACAUAGCUUUAAGCAGAGGUAUGAUAAAGCUCACGGUUCAGGGAGAGUGACCUAGUAGCGACCAGUGAAGAGACGGGGCCAGGAGCUUGGACUCGACCCCUGCAACCUCAACUAGGUGAGUACUACCACAUUCACUCCAGCACCCACACUACCACAUUCACUCCAGCACCCACACUACCACACGAUCACUCCAGCACCCACACGAUCACUGCAGCACCCACACUACCACAUUCACUCCAGCACCUACACUACCACACGAUCACUCCAGCACCCACACUACCACAUUCACUCCAGCACCCAUACUACCACACGAUCUCUUCAGCACCCACGUCUCCCUGUGCGAAUUUAACUCCACGACUCGACAAUCGGUGUGGGCACAGGUUGCGAUAGUACCUAAGACGGGCACUGCUUUGGUGGCGGACACUGUCCCACUAAGAGAGCCUUGCAUCCUUGAGUAGUGUAUGAUAGGAAGUAUGUAGGAGGUACACUUCCAGCACCUGCGUGAGGUUCUGCCUCCAGGCAUGUUCCGAGUUACACUCCCACCCACAAUAUUCUACAGAAAUGUAUUUCGGGCAAUUUUUUUUAUGCUAAUGAAAUUAUAUAACAGACCUUAAACAGCACUUCGUGAAAGUCAUUCAUCGGAAAAUUGUUAAUUGAAUGUUGGGUGUGUGUGCUCACCUAUUUGUGGUUGUAUGGGUCGAUUCACAGCUCCUGACCCCGCCUCUUCGCUGAUCACUAGUAAGUCCGCUCUCUCCCUGCUCCAAGAGCUUAUCGUAUCUCUUCAUAAAGCUAUGUGUAGAU